AUGAUGCUCGCCAAAAUAGCAGACUCUGCUCUCCUCCUUUCCUUCCUCCCGGUAACCGCUCAACAAGGCUGUGGAAUGUAUGCUCAUCAAUCAGUCCACCGCAGCGCCUAUCACUCUGCUCUGUCCAACCACGAGUACAAUGUGGAACUUCUGAACGAGGAUAUUGCCCAAGCUGCCAUGGAUGUAGCCCAAGCUGGACAGGAUAUUGCCAACGUCCUGGAUAAACUUGCCGAGCAUCAAGAAGGUGCGUGGUAGUUACAGUUCGUAACCUUUUGGGGUCGACACCAACUGACUCUGCAUGAACAGCGCCCAGCGAAUGUUCUUUCACUCCGAUUGAUUUGCUGCUUACAGCAAUUGGAGUGGGUGGGGCAAUCGGCAUUCUGCUUAGCUUGGGGGUGGUCUUCAUUGGCAUUAUCUAUAACUGAUGGAAUGAGGAGCAGGAAGGUCAAAGUCCUCAUGAAGAGUAGGGAAGUGCUCCAGUUGUAUAUUCUUAGACCUUUGAACACAGUUCCUUGUCAAAUAGAGAGUAUGCAUGUUAGCCGAAUAUCAUAGCAAACAGAUUCCAC